GAAUUUUAAACGGACUCAAGGAAGGCUUACGCCGUUAGCAUGGGAUUCAAAAUCCAGUGUUUUUUGUUCUCAACGCUAAUUGUGGGCUUCAUAAUAGCAAUGAAUAUGUUCAAGAAUUCUUUAACUGAAAAAGGUCCACCUUACUCAUGGAAGCAUGGAUUGCGAAUUAGGACAGGUGCUUUAAAAAAUCAAGAAAACCCAUUCAUUUAUGACCAGAAGCAAAGACAAAGAAAAGCCUUAAUAGACAACUAUUGCAAAAGGAAUGUAUCUGGAUAUCAUGUUCCACCCGAACGGUAUCCGAUGCAUUUCUUUGUCAGUAAAAAGUACAAAGUAUUGUACUGCAAAGUAGGUAAAACGGGCAGCACGACAACGAAUACGCUGAUAACCAACUUGGAGUAUGGAACCAAUUUAAGCCAGCGACAGUAUUGGAAAAAUCGACGUGUCCUUCCAUUAAAAAAGUUUGCUUCGUACUCGAAAAAUGAACAGAAUCUAAAUCUCAGCGCAUACAGGAAACUCUUAGUGGUGAGAAAUCCACUGGAAAGACUUGCUUCUGCGUACUUCUAUUUUUUUGGAGGAAAAUAUGUGUCCGCACCACGGCAGAUAAAUUACAGCAAACAGUAUCAAGGGAUGUUGGGAACAAUCUGUUCAAAUGCAUCAACAAUGAAGACUGCUUGCAGCGAAGACAUUAAAACCGUUCAAGUGAAAAACAUUUCGUAUCAACUGAUACCGUUUUUAGCCUUUAUUAGAGCUGUAGCAAAAAACGUGACGGAGUGGGAAAAUGAGCACUGGGCACUGAUAUCAGACAUGUGCACCCCUUGUCAAAUUCCCUUUGACUUCAUCGCACACACGGAGACCUUGGCUGAUGAUUUAAAGCAAUUUUUUCGCAACGUCGGCGUUAAAGGCAGAAAUGAUAUUUUUCCUUAUAAAAAAACACGCUUAGGCAAUGAGAAACUGUUCAAUAUAUUUAGCCAAAUACCAUUAACUGACAUUCGGCGUAUUGGUACUAAAUUCAAACCUGAUUUUGAAAUGUUUGGCUACUCCUUUGAAGCUUUUUUUCUUAAUCUUUUGUGAAUGUCUGAAGGGCUAUACUGAGCUGAUUUAACCUUCCUUUCAAGAUUUUGAAUAUGUUUCAAGUUAGUUAAAACUUUUUCUCCGACAAAAGGGAAUGUUCUCACAGCUUUUGAACAGUCAAUCUGAUCUUCUUCUCUACCUAGACCGGGCUUUUUUUGACAUGGGGGGACCGGGGGGGGGGGGGCUCUUUUG